AUGGGAAGCAUGGUAACCCGAAUACAGGGAUUCUGUGGGAGGAUGGGCCCCAUGAAAGCUAGAAUUGUGAUGGUUGGAUUGGAUGGAGUUGGCAAGACAACAAUUCUCUACCAGAUGAAACUCAACAAGACCAUGUCCACUACCCCAAGUAUUGGGCAUCGCGUAGAGACUUUGGACCCAAUUUCAUUGGUGUCAUUCACUUUGUGGGAUGUUAGCGUGGGGGCUAAGGGAUGGCCAUUGAUUCGACAUUUUCUACCAGACAGUCAUGGCUUAGUGUUUGUAGUGGACAGUACAGAUUCUGAAAGAUUUGGUGAAGUCAAAGAAAAUUUGUUUUGUUUGGUUUUUGAAGACACGGACAAUCUACCUCUAAUUGUCCUCGCCAACAUGCAAGAUAUAGAGGGGGCACAUAGCCCAGCAGACAUUGCUCGUUAUCUGGAGCUUGAGAAAAUAAAGCAUAGAAGGUGGGAGAUAUGUGGGUGCUGUGGUACAGAUGGGAAUGGUCUGCUAGAAGCUUUUGAGAAACUUUCAUCCAUGGUCAAAGAUUGGAAACAAGUGUAG